AUGGUUAAAAUAUUGUUUGGCCCAUCCAUUGUGAGAAUGGUCUGGUUGCAAGACCAAAUUGAAAUGCACAAGCUCCACUGGUACAGGAGAGCCCCUACUCCAUCAGAGUUCUGGAUACCACUUGCUGCUUGGUUCACUGUUGGCCUAGUUGGUCUUUGGACAUUUUUUCACUUCUUUUCAUUGUGGCGGCGAAAGAUCAGUUUAAGCUGGAUGAAAAUAAUUGCCAGAUCGAAGAGGAAGAAUUUUGAAAGAAACCAUGAGGUUCCUACUGCUGAACAUGUUUGGAACACAGAAUCUUUGAUUCGUGCAAAAGGGAUGAAGUGCUGUGUAUGCUUGGAAUCUCUCUCACCUGCUCAGCCCCUUGGGCAGAUGAUGACUUCAGAAAAUAUGGUUCACCGUUGCAAUGUUUGUGGUGCAGCUGCGCACAUAAUAUGCUCUUCGAAUUCUCAGAAAGAUUGCAAAUGCGUCUCAAUGUUCGGGUCCAAACAUGUGGUCCAUCAAUGGACUGUAGUCUGGACAGACGUAGCCGACCAAUCCGAAGAAGGUCAGUACUGUUGUUACUGUGAGGAGAUAUGCAGUGAAUCUUUUCUGGGAGGUCCUCCCAUAUACUGCUGCAUGUGGUGCCAAAGACUGGUGCAUGCUGAUUGCCAGUCAGCCAUGGCUACUGACACAGGUGAAAUUUGUGACCUUGGUCCCUUCAGGCGCCUUAUCCUGUCGCCACUUUUUGUCCGGGCCAUUAGCAAACCUGGUGGCAUCUUGAGUUCUAUAACUCAUGGAGCAAAUGAGUUUGCAUCCACUGUGCGGGGGCGUUUAAACCGGACUAAAAAGGAGAAACAUCACAACAGAUUUCCAUCUGACAGUAACGAUGAUUCAUCAAGUGAUACCACAUUGAACUCAAACCAGAGGGCUGGGGAAUUAAAAGAAACUGGGGGCAGUGCUCAAAGGAGUCCUGAGAAUGAGCAUUAUAGCAGUGAGAGUGAUGGUAGAGAACUGAUAUCAGAGUCCAGAAAGAUCAGCAACAAUGAGACUGGUGAAGUUAAACUUAAGUACGCAUUGUCUGAACUGCCUGCUGAUUCCAGACCUCUUUUAGUUUUUAUCAACAAGAGAAGUGGGGCUCAGCGUGGAGAUCUUCUCAAGCACAAGCUACAUUUUCUUUUGAAUCCGGUGCAGGUUUUUGAAUUGAGUUCUUCACAAGGGCCAGAAACAGGAUUAUUUUUGUUCAGAAAGGUACCACAUUUCAGAAUACUUGUGUGUGGUGGCGAUGGUACUGUUGGUUGGGUUCUUGACGCGAUAGAUAAGCAAAAUUAUGAAUCACCUCCACCUAUUGCAAUUCUUCCAGCUGGCACUGGCAAUGAUCUUUCGAGAGUUUUAUCAUGGGGAGGUGGCCUAGGUGCUGUUGAGAAGCAAGGUGGCCUCUGCACAGUUUUACAUGACAUAGAGCAUGCAGCAGUCACUAUCCUGGAUAGAUGGAAGGUGACAGUAGAAGAUAAGAAAUCAAAGAAUGUGCUUUUAGUAAAGUACAUGAACAACUAUCUAGGUAUCGGUUGUGAUGCAAAAGUCGCCCUUGACAUUCAUAAUCUCCGUGAAGAAAAUCCUGAGAAAUUCUACAGUCAGUUCUUAAAUAAGGUGCUAUAUGCGAGGGAAGGGGCCAAGAGCAUCAUUGACAGGGCGUUUGUGGACUUACCAUGGCAAGUUCGGUUAGAAGUUGAUGGCACUGAGAUUGAGAUACCAGAGGACUCAGAAGGUGUGCUGGUCGCAAACACACCAAGCUACAUGGGAGGGGUUGACCUGUGGCAAAAUGAGGGUGAGAAUCCUGAAAAUUUUGAUCCACAGUCAAUCCAUGACAAGAUGCUUGAAGUGGUUAGCAUUACAGGAGCAUGGCAUCUGGGAACACUCCAGGUUGGACUUUCUCGGGCACGGAGGAUCGCGCAAGGUCAGUCGAUCAAGAUACAAACGUUUGCUCCUUUCCCUGUCCAAGUGGAUGGCGAACCUUGGGUCCAGCAGCCCUGCACGCUUAAGAUAUCCCAUCACGGACAGGCUUUUAUGUUGAGGAGGGCAAUUGAAGAGCCACUUGGUCAUGCUGCUGCUAUGAUCACCGACGUGCUUGAGCAUGCCGAAUCCAGCCGUGUAAUCACUGCUUCGCAGAAGAAAGCCCUCCUCCAAGAAAUGGCUCUACGGCUGUCAUGA